GCGUUUUCUUUGAAAAAUAAAUAAAUAAAUAAAUAAAUAAAUACAUAAAUAAAAUCGAUUGAAGAUUUAUAAAAAGCAAGUGAAAAGUCCUGGGCUCGUGGUAGCUUUUUGGUGACUGGUGAAAAUAUUUUUUGACAUUUGCUUACAAUUUUUGUGUCGUCCAUAAAUAUCUGUGUAACCACCAGCUUUCCAAAAAAAUGUCCGCAAAUGCAUAUAAGUGCUGUGAAAAACCAAAUACCAUUACAUCUCUAUGUGUCAAGCGCUAUAAACAAACCAAAGACAAAACGAAGACGUUGCCACCCGAAGGAAAAAAAGCUUCGCUACAGAAAUUACCCCAAAAAAAUACGUAUAUGUUGACUCUCGUAUCUUCUGUUUUCUAGACUUCAGCCAGCAUGAUUCGGCGGUGAUCACACGAUAUUAUCAGUAUCAGGAGAUGUAUUUACGUCUGCUCGCCGAAGGCAAAAAAAUACCGAACACCUUCGUCGAUAGCUCAUCAGUGGCCAUCGACGAGUCGGAAAAAAUGUCGUUAACGCGUAGAUCGAGGCAAAUGCCGACGACGACAACGACGACGACAACUGCGGCGGCAGCAGCAGCAGCAGCAGCGGCGGCAAUCGUUAACAACAGCAUGAUGGAUUCGCCCUGCUAUUCCUGCACCAAGUGCGGAAACGCGUACGGCCGAUUGCACUCGCUCAAUCGACACCUCAGGUUCGAGUGCGGCGUCGAGCCGAAAUUCGAGUGUCCCGUGUGCCAUAAGAGAUCGAAGCACAAGCACAAUCUUGUUUUGCAUAUGAGGACUCAUCAAAAAGCCUGAUGAAUCAUUCGAAAUUUUAUUCAUUUUUUGUUUCUCUUCAA